AUGAGAUCCCUUCUUUGAGUUCUUUCCAUCUGCACCGUCAAUGCCCCCACGCCCUCUCCCCCACAGUCUCGGUCCCAGCCGCCGGCUGCCGUUCCCGGAGAGCCCUCUCCGAUGACCCCCACCUCCUCCGGGGCGCCCACGCCCCCACACUUCAAGCGCUCCUCCCCCAGGAAGAAGCCGCAGCUACGUAGCCGCCGCGUUGCAGCUGACCUCCUCGCCGUAGAGGCCGCGGCGGGGAAGAUACCACCGCACCCCUCGUGUACGACGGUGGUGCCGGCUCCGUCGCCUCUUGGCUGCGCAUUGCCUCGCGAUUUCUUCGAGGUGGACGCGCUUGACCUCGCCCCUCGCCUCCUCGGCAAGCUCCUGCGCCGCGACGAUGUCGUCCUCCGCAUCACCGAGGUGGAGGCUUACAGGCCAAAUGACUCCGCGUGCCACGGUCGGUUCGGCAUCACGGCGAGGACCGCACCCGUGUUUGGACCAGGAGGGCAUGCGUAUGUGUACCUGUGCUAUGGAUUGCACAUGAUGCUCAAUGUCGUCGCCGACAAGGAGGGAGUUGGAGCUGCUGUUUUGAUUCGGUCGUGUGCUCCCGUUUCUGGGCUGGGAACUAUUCAGCAGCGUCGAGGCCAACAAACUGAGAAACCAAUCCUACUUACUGGACCAGGAAAGGUUGGUCAAGCUCUGGGGCUUUCCACUGACUGGUCCAACCAUCCUCUGUACACACCUGGUGGUUUGGAGGUACUAGAUGGGCCAGAACCGGAGAACAUUUUGGUUGGCCCCCGUGUAGGCAUCGAAUACGCAUCACCGGAGCAUGUCGCGGCACCAUGGAGAUUCGCCGUUGCAGGGACGCCAUGGAUCAGUGCCCCAAAGAACACUCUCAGGCCGAUGUGAGAGCCUGGAGGCUGCAGCUAGUACCAAAGUAAACGGGUGUCCUUUUCUGUCUUUUGGUAGAGGAACUGGAGCUGCCUCUUGUCCACGUUGUAACGUGCCAUGUUUGAUCGACAUGGCAGCGCCAGAUUCAGAUAUGGAUGCAAGUGAGCAGAUCCAUUGACCAAUCCCACUUGUUAUUUCACUUAACUAGAAGGUCCUUGUGUGUACAUGGCUCUUAAAAUCUAGUAUAGGCAUUGCCAAGUUGUGAUAAAUGGCCGAAUAUCUGAUUAAUUUGUGAUGAUUAUUCGAGGGUGCA